UGUUGGGAGUUGAGAAGGGCUUUUGUUCUGGUUUAGAUUCUGAGGGUGCGGAAAUUCCAAUGAAGCUUCAGCCACACGGUGGAACUGCAUCCGUGCUCGGCGCCACAGCAUCAACGUCGUACAAGUCAUAGAAUAUCUACACUUGACCACAGAUGAUAAAUGUUACCUCUCCGAGUGAUAUCAGUGCAGUGGCAUUGGCAGUCUGGCAGCCAGACAACCGGAUUUUUGUUAUCGUUAACGAAUUGACGGCGCAAUUUUCCCAAGGGAGCCGCAGUCAAUUGAGUUAGUCGGCUCACAUCCGGCACCAGAUCAGAAGACGUCCGUCAAGCAUUGGAUUGGGUAAAAUGAUGCGCUAGACCCCGGCCGCACAGCCUCAAUGGGAAUUGUACAGCCUCGCCAGGCAGUCACUUACACUCCUUGCUGAUGAUCACCACGGUACAAAGAGGUUCAUAUACACCAAAAAUCCUUCACAAGGUCAACAUCACACAUACGAUUGACCGAUUGACCUCACUGACGUCAUAAGGCUGAAGCCUCGCUCUUCAUAUUCGAACCUCACAAUGAACUCCCAAUACCCUAACGAGAAAUCCGCUCCUCUCGAGAAGAAUAUCCAACAAUCAACCUCCUCCCCCCUCGCCCCAGCAUACACCCCCUUCCGCACCUCCUUCGCCACCCUCUCCCUCCACCGCAGCGACCGCAUCCGCCUCCUCUCCUUCACCCAAACCGAAAUCGAUGGCCUCCGCACCGUAAUCAAAACAACCUACCCCAAGGGCCUCCAAGCCGAGCAGAAAUAUGGCGGUUCACACGAGUUCAAAUUGUAUGGGAACCCAUGGUACGGGCAGUCGUCUGACGCGAUAUGUUCGCGCGUGGUGAUGAGGGAGGUGUUGGCGUAUUUGUUCUCAGUCGGGUGGAUAUUACAUGCGAGUACGGAUGUGAGUAAGAAGCAGAUGGAUAAAGAUACACUAUUCUUCCGGAAACAGCAACAGCCUCCUCCACCGAGCGAGUGGAUAGCCAUCUCAUUCAACAAAAGCGAUCGAUUGCGCCUGAUUGGCGCGGACGAGCAGCUGCGCUUGGCAUUCAAGAAUUUGCUUUCGAGUAUGCGGUUGCUGCAGACGGAUUGUGGAUGGAAGGAUCGUACGCUGAAUGCGUGGGAGUUUAAGAUUAAUGGGUAUCCUUGGUGGGCGACGGGUGAGGAGACGAUGAGUACGAGGAUGUUGUUGAUGAGGAUGUUGGAGUGUUUGGAGGGGUUGGGGUGGAGUCUUUAUGCGAGUAUUGAUCAAAAUACAAGUGGAGGGAAUGAUACCAGUGAGACGGAUACGUGGUAUUGUGUGAGAGAGAAGGGGUGGGUGCCGGGGAGUGCGGUGUUCCAUCGGUAGAGCGUGGGGAAGGGGAUUGAGUUUGGGUGCGUCUGAUAUUUGGAUGGCGUUUUGGUCUGGGCCUCUCCAGUACGCUAGGGAAUGAGAAACGAUUCUCUGCGAUGUACUAGAAGCAUGUAAGCUGGAUGUCAGGGUCUGUUUGAAGAUCGGCUUUUCUAUUUACUGAACUGUUAAGAGAUUGUGCGCGCUCCUUCUCACUUAAAUCCAACGACGAACAUCAAUGCUAUGCUCGCAAGCAAACCCCGUCUUA